CUUCAUUGCACUGUAUUAUAUUUAUUUAAGUGAACACACCUCUUUUUUUAUCACCGUGCUCAAAGUGUAAAUCAUUUUAUCUGAGGACUUUGACUGCGUCACAGUGAGAGACGAGGCGACGGUUUACUGUGCAAACAGUUCUCCAGGAUGACUGACCUAAAGGAUGGACUGUCCUCUAAAUCUCUGCUCAGAACCACCGGUGCUGUGGUUUUGGUCUUACUCCUAACACAUGUUUGUGGAGGUCAGUUGCAGAGGACUCCUCCGAAGGUGGUGGUGAUGCUUGGUGAUGACACUGUCUUACCUUGUCAGCUUGAACCUCCCACGAAUGCUGUUCAGAUGACAAUAGAGUGGGGGAGGAAUGAUCUGAACCCCAGAUUUGUCUAUGUGUGGCACGACGGUCGCGAGCUUCUGACCGACCAAAACGAAGCGUACACUGGAAGAGCUUCACUGGACAUCAACAAACUGAAGCAAGGAGACAUCUCACUGAGACUCUCCACAGUGAAAGUCUCUGAUAAUGGAACGUACAGAUGUUAUCUUCCAAAACAGAGUCAAGAAUAUUUCAUUGACCUUGUUGUUGGUGCAGUCUCCUCACCUACUAUCAGUUUAGCAGGACUUGAUAAAUCCAUCAGUGCAGUGGUGUUAGAGUGUGAGUCUAAAGGCUGGUAUCCAGAGCCUGAGGUGUUGUGGCUGGACGGUGAGGGAAACCUCCUCUCUGCUGGACCUACAGAGACAGUCAGAGGUCCUGAUGACCUCUAUACUGUCAGCAGCAGAGUGACUGUGGAGAAGAGACACAGCAACAGCUUCACCUGUAGAGUCCAACAGAACAA